AUGUUCAAACUUCUUCGAGAGUCCCUUUUAAUAUUCGGGUCCCUUUUGAGUUGGUUUAUCACCUGCCCACACCGAAGGGGUUUCUGGCGUAGGUGUCUUUUCUUGGAGUUGGAACUGCGCUGUAGUGUUGGCGCUGCGACAACACCAGUUGGAAAAACCGACCGUUCUUCUAUCGGUCUUAAACAUAUCUUUUUUCUCCAUCUAUUCAUCAAUUCCUCUCUCUUUCUCUCGCCCUCACAGGCAUCUUUUUAUACAGGGCACGACAGAAAUACCUCCCACUCUGUGAUAUCUAUCUAUCUAUCUAUCUAUCUAUCUAUCUAUCUAUCUUAUCUGUUACAUCUAUCUAUCUAUCUAUCUAUCUAUCACUGUCUGUUUUUUUCUGACUGUCUUUCUUUGAAUUUUCUUAGCUUGUUCUAUCUAUCUAUCUAUCUAUCUAUCUAUCUAUCUAUCUAUCUAUCUAUCUAUCUCAGUUUAGAGUUUUCAUUGUUUAAAGUCUGUUAUUUUAUCCAUCUUUCUAAUGAGGGAAUCUUUGUCUGUUCUUUCUUUUUUCUUUCUUUCUAUCUAUCUAUCUAUUUAUCUAUCUAUCUUAGCCUGUUAAUUUCUUGGCCGUCUUUCUUUCUUUCUUUCUUUCUUUUUCACUCUAGAAUCUAUCUAUCUAUCUAUCUAUCUAUCUAUCUAUCUGUUGUGGACAUACCAACACUAUCUAUCUAUCUAUCUAUCUAUCUAUCUAUCUAUGCCUGUUCGUAUCUAUCUAUCUAUCUAUCUAUCUAUCUAUCUAUCUAUCUAUCUAUUAACUACUAA